AGCCAACGGGUGAAGGUGAAUCGCGAUGACAUCGCUUCUUUUCUUGCUCUACGGGCCGGUUUUUUCCGCGUCUGCGCCGCCCGUCUUCUAUUUCAACACGGCAAUCAAUUGCGAACCACCUCCGACACCGUCUUUCGCCAUCACCACAUCGCCUCGCCUAUCUCACCAUGGCCGGUCCCGCGCGUCGUCGCCAGAAGGAAGCAGAAGUGAAGCCAGCUAACAACAUGCGCAACCAGUCCCAGAAACCCUCCGACCUCGCAUCCGUGACCGACAACGAUGAUUCCGGUGGAGUCGUGAUCCCACCAGCCCCUACCCCCCAGGUGCUCGAAUUCGCUAAAGAGCUGCUCCUGAGAGCUGCCCAAAUCAUCGUCAACAACUUGGAUGGCGACCUCGAGGUCCAUGUGGGUGCAGAAAUUUCCAAGAGAUGGAACCAGAACGCGACGGUCUUCACCCGCGGCACACACAUCGUGAUGGAGAGAGAACUCAGCGGCAAACUGCUGCCCGUUCAGUGCCUAACCUCCUCCAACAACGAGCACGCCUCCGGCAUUGCUCCUCCCUCCGAGGCCCAGUUACUCGUCUCCGCGGCGUGCGCACACCACUCUCAGCUCCGCGCAAUGGGCAAGGCGAAGGCAUCUUACCUGAUCACAGCUCUCGUCUUCCGAGGCGGAAUCGUCCACCUCAUUCGCGCCGAUAUCACCCAAGACUACAUCAACAGUCUGGAGAGCGUCGAGGCGGCCAACCUCGCGGCACUGACGAUCGAGAUCAGCCGCAAUUUCGACCUCCACAACGAUCAAGACCCGGGAGAGCUCGUACAACGGGUCAUAGACGUCUUCACUGGACGUGAGCGUCGGCUUUCAGGCGGUAUCUGGUAGAUCCUUGGCGGGGAGGUUGCCGAGUCGAAGUAGGCUUGAAGGGCUUUCAUAGGUGUCAGAAGGACUGAGCGAUAGGGUUGACAUCUAGCCGUCCUCUAAUGCAAUAUGAUCAUUACCCAUAAAUUAAUGCGA